CAUUGAUUGCCUUGUCGAUGUAUGGUUACGUGUCGUAUCCAUCUCACUCACUGACAUGGAAGCGGGACUUUGAAGUCAUCUCAGCCUUAUCUCGACCAGCCAACCACACUCAACUCGGCUGCACCGCUCCGCGCGCCCAACGCCCUGCCCUCGAGCCCUCCUCACGAGUCCUUCCCACGAACCCUCCCAACGCCCAUCGGCCCGGCUCGUCUAGCUAUCGCUCGCUGAUAUCCCACGCCUUCAUUCCUGCGACUGCAUGAUUAUUCCACCUCGAGUACCGAACCACCUUCGCGCCGUGACCCUUGGUUCUUUUCCGGCCCUUGCCCUCGUCCUCCGUCUUCCGUCGCAUCGAGCCCGCGCAAAUCCUACACACAACCGGAACCAUGGGCAAUACAACUUCCUCGGUCCUGGACAACAUUGUCCAGGGCUCCAACUUUGAUCGGGAGGAGGUGGACAGACUCAGGAAGAGAUUCAUGAAGCUCGACAAGGAUAACUCGGGCACGAUUGAACGCGACGAGUUCCUCAGCCUACCCCAGAUUUCGUCGAACCCUCUAGCGACAAGGAUGAUUGCCAUCUUCGACGAGGACGGCGGCGGCGACGUCGACUUCCAGGAGUUCGUCUCCGGGCUCUCGGCCUUCUCGAGCAAGGGCAACAAGGAACAAAAGCUCCGGUUCGCCUUCAAGGUGUACGACAUCGACCGCGACGGCUACAUUAGCAAUGGUGAGCUCUUCAUCGUGCUCAAGAUGAUGGUUGGGUCCAAUCUCAAGGACCAGCAGCUGCAGCAGAUUGUCGACAAGACCAUCAUGGAGGCCGACCUGGACAAGGACGGCAAGAUUAGCUUCGAGGAGUUCACCAAGAUGGUCGAGAACACAGACGUGAGCAUAAGCAUGACGCUAGACCAAUUCUAAAUGGCUUUUUUUUUUUUGUUAUAUCGCAUUACCUUCCAUGUCCUGGUUAAUACCCUAUCCAGAAGAGAUGCCAAUGAGUCAACAGGAGAUCCAAAAGAAAGGCUUUAGAAACGCGAGGCAUGAGGGCGCCUAUGACUGACUGACUAUUUCGAUCUGAGAUACCCAAACCAUCAUGAAUCUGAUGAUGUUUGAUGAUCUGCUACCCCUGCCACCCAGUUUCUCUUGAUGCCCGACUCGGCUACGCAGCAGUGGCCGGUGUCGGAUAUGAGCGCUGUGCAUACCGCCGUGAAUCCAAGCGCCACAUUCUGAAUGCAAAGUGGUGUCUUGUGGGCAAGGGACGAAAAGAAAGAAAAGCUACCUCCCUCCUUUCGAGCUCUGCGGGGGCUCCUUCGGCUAUCGAUGGCCUUUGUCGAAGCUGGAUCUUGCUCCGGGUAACGGCAAGGUCUCCCGAGUGCCUAGGCAGGGCAUGGACCCGGUCCCUUCCGGUGCUGUCCUUGCCGUCCAGUCAUCAUGUGUGUCAGCCGGGGCGAGAUCUUGUGCACCCAUAAUGACUGAUUCAUCGGUUCCAAGUUCCUAAUCAUGGACGGGAGAGCGCAGCAAGCCGGUGUAGAUGAAGUGACUAGAAGGAUGAGAAGAAGAUGGAGCAGAAAGAAUGAUCGAGACACGGGAGGCUAUGACAACAACCUUCCAGACUAGAACCCAGAGAGCAAACGCCAACCACGAAACGACCCGGAUCCUAUAUCAACACGGCCAUGGCAUAAUACCUCCAUGCCACCUCCCGCCCCUUGGCGUGCAAACAACAAACCCUAGCCAAGAACACAGCGGCGCAAAAGCUCCAGGAGCUAGUUAGUCUCGGUAGCUUAGAGCUCGGGAGCGAAGAAAGAUGGAGAGGGGAGAGAAGGGAGCUUGGUCGUUUGCUGCCACUCCCGGCUCAACGAGCGAACCGGGGAUGGUCCUCGCAGUGGUGCACGUACUCCCUCCCCGCCGCCGUCUAUGCCGCCGCCUCUUCCCGCACCUACGCCCACACGAAAGCGGCUGAGAAUCCCCACGACCUGCGCGCGGGGCAAGCUGUGCUGCCUCCUUGGGAGAGCGUUUGAGAUGACCGUGACAUUUCUCACGUCUACCAUGUCGCGUUUGGGGAAGCCAAACUUUUGACAUUUUAUCCGAAAGCCAAGUCAUCAGAAAUCUGUUUGUGCGCCUAACCCGCAGGCUUUGGCGAGAGAGCACAUCAUGUAUUCUCGGCAUCCC